AUGACAAACUUUCGCAAAACCACACUUUCUAUUUCUCUCUUCUCCUUCUUCUUAUUCCUCUGCAAAUCUUCCAUAGCUGCAGAUACAAUCAAAAUAGGCGAGUUUCUCCGAGACGGUUCCAAUCACAAACCUUUAGUCUCUCCACGAAAGACAUUCGAGCUCGGAUUCUUCAGUCCCGGAGUCUCAACUCUCCGUUACCUAGGGAUUUGGUACGGCAACAUCGAAGAUAAAGCUGUCGUAUGGGUCGCAAACAGAGCAAAUCCGAUUUCAGACAAAUCCGGAGUCCUCACGAUAAGCAACGCCGGGAAUCUCGUGUUACUAAACGGACAGAACAUCACAAUCUGGUCUUCUUCAAACAUCGAAUCAACCAACAACAACAACAGAAUCGGAGCUAUACACGAUACUGGUAACUUCAAACUGACGGAAGCUAACACAGACAGAGUUAUUUGGGAGAGUUUCAAUCACCCAACGGAUACGUUUUUGCCUCAGAUGAGAGUUCGUGUGAAUCCCCAAACCGGAGAUAACCACGCUUUCGUCUCAUGGAAAUCAGAAACCGAUCCUUCUCCUGGAAACUACACGUUAGGGAUUGAUCCUUCAGGAGCUCCAGAGAUUGUGCUUUGGGGAAGGAACAAGACGAGGAAAUGGAGAAGCGGGCAAUGGAACUCAGCGGUUUUCACUGGGAUUCCCAAUAUGUCUCUGUUGACGAACUAUCUCUACGGGUUUAAGCUUUCUUCUCCUCCUGAUGAAACAGGUAGCGUGUACUUCACGUAUGUUCCUUCUGAUCCAAAUGUGUUGCUUAGGUUUAAAGUUCUUUAUAACGGGACUGAAGAGGAGUUGAGAUGGAAUGAGACUUUGAAGAGAUGGACUAAGUUUCAGUCUGAGCCUGAUAGUGAGUGUGAUAAGUAUAAUCGGUGUGGGAAGUUUGGUAUCUGUGAUAUGAAAGGAGCUAAUGGAAUCUGUAGCUGUGUUAAAGGCUAUGAGCAAGUCUCUGUUGGGAAUUGGAGUAGAGGUUGUAGGAGAAGAACGUUGUUGAAGUGUGAGAGGAAUGUUAGUGUUGGUGGUGGUGGUGGAGAGGAUGAGUUCUUGACUCUGAAAUCUGUGAAGCUGCCUGAUUUCGAGACUCCUGAGCAUAGUCUUGCUGAUCCUGAGGAUUGCAAGAGGAGAUGUCUGAGGAAUUGUUCUUGCUCUGCUUUUACUUUUGUUGGUGGUAUUGGUUGCAUGAUUUGGAACCAAGAUUUGGUCGAUAUACAGCAGUUUGAAGCUGGUGGGUCAUCGCUUCACAUCCGUCUUGCUGAUUCUGAAAUAAGGGAGAAGAAGAAGUCAAAGAUUGUGGUGAUUGUUGUUGUUGUUGUUCUUGCUGGUGUGGUUUUGUUAGGAAUCUUUUCUCUGCUUUUGUGGAGAUUCAAGAGAAAGAAAGAUGUUUCAGGUAAGGACACAGAUACAUCGGUUGUUGUUGUUGAUAUGAGCAAGAGCAAAGACACUACAACGGCGUUUUCAGGAUCAGUAGAUAUAAUGAUUGAAGGCAAAGCGGUUAACACAUCAGAGUUACCUGUUUUCUCUCUGAGUGCUAUAGUGAAAGCUACUAAUGACUUCUGCAGAGAGAAUGAGCUCGGAAGAGGCGGAUUCGGACCAGUCUACAAGGGUGUUCUUGAAGAUGGACAAGAGAUAGCUGUGAAGAGACUGUCUGGUAAAUCUGGACAAGGAGUUGAUGAAUUCAAGAAUGAGAUCAUUCUCAUAGCGAAGCUUCAACAUCGGAAUCUUGUGAGGUUACUUGGAUGUUGCUUUGAAGGAGAAGAGAAAAUGCUUGUGUACGAGUAUAUGCCUAACAAAAGCUUAGAUUUCUUCAUCUUCGAUGAAACGAAACAAGCGUUGGUAGACUGGAAACUGCGGUUUGCGAUAAUAGAAGGGAUUGCGAGAGGGCUGCUUUAUCUACACAGAGAUUCAAGAUUGAGAAUCAUUCAUAGAGAUUUGAAGGUUAGCAAUGUGUUGUUAGAUGCAGAGAUGAAUCCAAAGAUAUCGGAUUUUGGUAUGGCGAGGAUCUUUGGUGGUAACCAAAAUGAAGCUAACACUGUUCGCGUCGUUGGAACUUACGGAUACAUGUCUCCAGAAUACGCUAUGGAAGGUCUAUUCUCGGUGAAAUCUGAUGUAUACAGCUUCGGUGUCUUGUUGCUAGAGAUCAUUAGUGGAAAGAGGAACACAAGUCUUCGAUCUUCUGAACAUGGAAGUCUAAUCGGUUACGCUUGGUAUCUGUAUACACAAGGGAGGUCAGAGGAGCUUGUGGAUCCAAAGAUAAGGGCCACGUGCAAUAAGCGUGAGGCUUUGAGAUGCAUACACGUGGCAAUGCUGUGUGUUCAAGAUUCGGCUGCGGAGAGACCAAACAUGGCUGCGGUUUUGCUGAUGUUAGAGAGUGACACAGCGACGCUCCCUGUGGCAAGACAGCCGACGUUUACUUCUAACAGAAGAAACUCAAUUGAUGUAAACUUUGCUCUUGAUUCGAGCCAGCAAUACAUUGUUUCUUCUAAUGAGAUCACUUCCACUGUUGUUCUUGGACGAUAG